CAAUUUCUCACCUUCCGCUUUUUAUUUACGUAUUUGUUUAUUAUUUAUAUCACUCUCCCCUUUCUUUACUCGCACCCCUAUAUUUCUUCAUUUUCCAAACGCAUUUAUUUAUGCUGGUAAAUGUAAUUAGUUUGGAUUAGACGACAAAUUAUUUCUUCUUUCGUUUCUUAUUUCACUUUUGUUUAUUUGUAAGAUUUAAGAAUGCCUCCUAAAGCGAAGGAGGCUGCGGCGGCGGCGGCCGGUGAUGGAAAGCUGCGAGAAAUUCGGAAGGAGCAAAUGCAUUUCAGAGGUGUGAGGAAGAGGCCAUGGGGCAGGUACGCGGCGGAGAUCAGGGAUCCCGGCAAGAAGAGCCGCGUUUGGCUCGGGACCUUCGAUACGGCGGAGGAAGCCGCCCAGGCGUACGACAAAGCGGCCAGGGAGUUCCGAGGAGCCAAGGCCAAGACCAAUUUCCCGGUGCCGGAUGAUCUCAAUUUUGCAUCUCGAUUUGAGCCCAAAGGGGCGGAUCGCCAGAGUCCGAGCCAGAACAGCACCGUUGAGUCGUCGAGCCUCGACGGCGGUCGCAUCUCAUCCCCACCGGAUCUCACCGCCGCAUUCGCGUAUCCCGGAAGCCAGAUGUUUUAUUCCAACGCGCUCGCGCGUGCGAUGGCGAUGAAUCCACCUCCGCCGCCGCCUCCUCAGCCUCUGAAUCGGCGACGAAUCGAGACACUAAAUUUAUUCUGUGGCGAGACAAAUUCUUCGUCCGUUGUUGAAUUGAGAGGUGGAACUGCCAUCAUCGAUCUCAACUUACCACCGCCUGAAUGUUAUCUGUAGGUGUAAUUUCAUUUCGGAUUAAAUUAUAGGACGGCUGAGGAUCGCCGGCGGCCGAUGACUGAAUACAUUGUGCCCAAGUUCUGCGGCUGUUGUUUAGCUAGCAGCCAUCAAUUUGAUGUGCAUAUUCUAUCAUCUUACAAACUUCAACCUGGAUAGGUCUCCAGAUUUUGUUUUACCAAUAAUCAUAAUCAUAAUACUCCGUAUAAUAAUACUAAUAUCAAUAUUACGGAUUAAUUCAUACUAGUAAUACAAAAGUGACAGUUUUUGUUUGUAUUCCCAGUAAUGUACGUCUUGAUUAUGAAAUUUAAAAGUAAAAAAGGAGUAGUUUGUAUGUGAAACCCAUGUUCCC